AUUUAGUAUAUAUUCAACGAAGAAAAUUUAUUCUUUCAUAUUGAAAACUAAUUUGUUUGAUAAUAUAAAAAUAUUAAAAAAAUGAAGUUCCUAAUUUGUCUUAUUGUUUUUGGAGUUUGUGGAGUCUUUUCUGAAGAAGCUAUUCCAUCUUCUCCACCUUCCACAGUUGCAGACGCUGCUGCAUCUCCUUCAGCUACCACAGUUACAGAAGCUGCUACAUCUUCUUCAGCUUCCUCAGCUACAGAAGCUGCUACAUCGUCUUCAGCUUCCACAACUACAGAGGCUGCUACAGCUGCACCAGUCAAUCCGAUUCAAAAUAUAAUAGAUCAACUUCAUAAGGUAGCCAAGAAUUUCCAAGAUGCAAUAUUAAAUGCAACCAAAGGGUUAGGUAAUGCAGCAAACAAUGCCGUACAUAAUGCUAGUGAGAGUGGAGUUGGCAGUGAAGUCCUUAAGCCACUUACUUCCACAAUUACUCAAGUUGUACAAAAUGCUAUAAAUGACAUUUCAAAAAAAAGUUCUUCUGGAAUAAAUGGCUUAUUAAAUAGUACCGCUCAAGCACUUUCUGAAGCAAGCACAAAAAUUUCAAAUUUACAAGAAUGUGCAAACAAAAAUGGUCAAUCUCCUGUCAAUAUUACAGAACCACUAGGAAAACUAUUACAAUGUCCAGUUAAUGCUUUUACCCAAGUAAGCGAACCUGUUGGAAAAGGUGUGCAAUUAAUUAAACAAAUUGGAGAAUCCAUUACUUCUGAAGUCACUGGUGCAAUUAAAUGCUUUCAAACACCAAUUUUCGGUUGGAUACCAAAUGUUGGAUGUUUCGCCGGUAUUGGAAUACAAUCAUUGUUACUUGGUAUAACAAAUGCAAGCAGUGGUUUUGGCGUAGCUUCAAGCUUUGGUGACGAUAUCUUCACCUUAAUUCCAAAUACUAUGGAUUGUUUUAAUCAACAAUGGGUCGGUAUUAUUCAAACAUUCACUAAAUCUGGUGUUAAUGUUGCAAAAUGUUUACAGUAAAAUCAAUGUAGUUUACCUUUUUAUAAAAUUUGUUUAGUUUUGGUUUUCUUUUCUUUGGUGGUGGGCUUGGGAAUAAAUCAUUAAUAAAAAAUUUUGCAUUUUAAUUCAA